GCGGCGAACGGGCUUCAGAUGCUUCUGGGUCGCGGUGGGGAAAGCUAGUCAGUUGGAGUGUGAGAGCUUGGGAGCCGAGCGCUAGAGCGACCCGACGAGGGAUGGCGGCCCCCGGGACCGCGGCCGCCGCGGCCACGGGCAGACUCCUGGUCCUGCUGCUGCUCGGGCUCACAGCGCCCGCUGCGGCGCUGGCCGGCUACAUCGAGGCUCUUGCAGCCAAUGCUGGAACAGGAUUUGCUGUCGCUGAGCCUCAAAUUGCAAUGUUUUGUGGGAAGUUAAAUAUGCAUGUGAACAUUCAGACUGGGAAAUGGGAACCGGACCCAACAGGCACUAAGAGCUGCUUUGGAACAAAAGAAGAAGUUCUUCAGUACUGUCAGGAGAUGUACCCCGAGCUCCAGAUCACAAAUGUGAUGGAGGCAAACCAGCCAGUCAGUGUGGACAAUUGGUGCCGGAGGGACAGAAAGCAGUGCAGGAGUCACAUUGUGAUCCCGUUCAAGUGUCUUGUGGGUGAAUUUGUAAGUGAUGUUCUGCUAGUUCCAGAAAAGUGCCAGUUUUUCCACAAAGAGCGGAUGGAGGUGUGUGAGAAUCACCAGCAUUGGCACGCUGUAGUCAAAGAGGCCUGUCUGACUCAGGGAAUGACCUUAUAUAGCUACGGCAUGCUGCUGCCCUGUGGGGUAGACCAGUUCCACGGCACUGAAUAUGUGUGCUGCCCUCAGACAAAGAUCAUUGAAUCUACUGUGUCAAAAGAAGACGAGGAAGAUGAGGAGGAGGAGGAGGGGGAGGAUGAAGAGGAAGACUAUGAUAUUUAUAAAAGUGAAUUUCCUACCGAAGCAGAUUUGGAAGACUUCACAGAGGCAGCUGUGGAUGUGGAUGACGAGGAUGAGGAAGAAGGGGAGGAAGUGGUGGAAGAUCGUGAUUACUACUACGACACCUUUAAAGGAGAUGACUACAACGAGGAGAACCCAACUGAACCCAGCAGUGAUGGGACUAUUUCAGAAAAGGAAAUUACUCACGAUGUUAAAGCUGUCUGCUCCCAGGAGGCGAUGACGGGGCCCUGCCGGGCCGUGAUGCCUCGUUGGUACUUCGACCUCUCCAAGGGAAAGUGCGUGCGCUUUAUAUAUGGCGGCUGCGGAGGCAACAGGAACAAUUUUGAGUCUGAGGAUUAUUGUAUGGCUGUGUGUAAAACGAUGAGUAAGUCCCGCCGCGCUGGCUCUUUGCAGCAGCACCGUCCUGUCCAGCGUUCUGUCUCUUUCCGGGCCGUCCUCGUGACUGCAUCUGUGUGGUGCUCCCUGCCAACUCAGGUGUUUGCUGUUGGUCGUUUCCCUCAUCUUUGUGCUUUCUAGAUCUAGGCUGUGCUU